AAAUGCUUCACUUGAAACGGAUUUGAGACAUUAUACGACGGGAUCAUGGAUCGGAUUAACAAAGUGUCCUGACAUUCCGCUUAGUUAUUGUUAUCAGUUUUCGAUCAGUUUCAUCAUUAUUCAUAGGUGUAUUAUUUGUAUAUACUGUAUUAUCAACUCUCUUUUUCAUCUGCUGUUUCCUCUACGAGAUUCUACCACAUAAACAGCUGUGGAUGCAACCUCAGAAGAAACUUACUUUCAAAAUAGACACUCACUUAACAAAAUCUUAGCUGGGAAUCGUCUUUAACAUCGAUGAAUUGACUCAAUUGUAUACGUUUACGAUGAACAAAUAUUCAUCAUCUCACAUUCCACUUCCAAUACAAAGCUUCCUUUUUUCUCAGACAUGUUCGUUUUUGCAGAAGCCUGCAGCAAGAGACGGGGUUUGUACUACUUUUGAGAAAGUUUUAGUACAAAACAUACUACACGGUCGAUCAAUAGUUUUGUGCGAGGCUAUACAUUCAAUAAGCCGAUGGAAAUUUGUGAAAGCUGCAUUGCCUCAUGUACUUCAUUGUGGUGCUGUAAUGCUUCGUGAAAAAUUACGUGACAAAUCUACUGUAGAUCAACCACAUCAUAAACAUACAGUAAACAGUUAUGAGUCCUCUCAUGAUCGAACUCGAUUAAAUUUCAGUCAAACGGAAACAAAGUUGCUCUACACGCUUCACUGGAUUCUUUUAGACGCCGCUUCAGAGUGUGAAGAUGCAGAAAUAGAGGCUUCUAAUCAUCCAGCUUCCAAGCCAAAAGAUCCAACAGAUCGCUAUGUUCACGACUUGGCUUCACUUCAGUUAUUCAUCUAUUUAUACGCUCCAAUUAUUGAGAAACUUAAGCCAGCCGAUUUCGAUACUCUCAAGUUAGAGGCAGGUUUACGCUUGUGGAUUCCAUUAAUGGAACAUUGUCAACCAAAUCGAGGGACAUUAUCAUCACCUGUGAAAGUUUUUACUCAUGAUUCAAAUAUACAACCUCGAUCAGUGAUGGUUAAUAUAGAUGGAAUAGAUAUUCCUAGAACCUCAUCCGUUUCAAUUAAUGAUUCAAAGAGAAAAUCUAUGAGUGAGGAAGCUUCUAAAGAAAAAUCUUCGAACGUUUUUACUGGUAAUAUAUCGGAUAAAGUUUCUGAAAUCAUUCAUAAAUUACCAUCAGCUGUUAAACCAUUCGAAGUUUUAGUUGACAGUGCUUCCAUUCCACAUGUUGAAGUAAAUUCAGAUGAUUCAGUAAGCAGCUCAGUAAAUAUUCCAAAUAACUGCCAAAAUUCCCUGGCUCAUUCACAUAACGCAACUGAGCAUAUUUUACAUCUACAACCUCCUAAAGCUACACCUGAAUGUUUAGAAGAUGAGGAAGAACUCAGCGAAAAAUCUAUUUCAGGCACUGCAGACACCGAAACGACGACUAUUAUGACGGCUGCUGCAUGUAUGUCUCCACCGAAGCAAGAACACGAACAUAUAACCCCGGGAUUUCAACGCAUUCAAAAAUUUUUGAAUUCAUUCACGGAUCCAUAUAAACAAUUAUCUGAAAACUUAAAAUAUUCUACAGUUGACAGCGAAUUCACUCAACGGGAAGUCGGAACUCAUAUAUUUUUUGCUACACAUUGCGAUCUGGCUGUAAUACGUUGCUUAUACUGUCCUGAAUGGUGUGAAUCUGGUAUCUAUUGGUCACUAUGUUAUUUGUUCAAUCGUUUAUUGCAAAUACGCUCAGAGUGGAUUAAAAUCAAACCAAAUAACCGUAAAUUAUUAAGGUUACGCAAAGGGAAUCUUCUGCCUGAAUAUUUAUUCAAAUGGACACCAGGACUCUGGUCAGCAGCAUCAUCACAACAAGAGAGGGUUAAUCAUAUCACCGGAGAAAUGAUAAAGGCUAUUCGAAGCUUAUCAUUACCUAAUAUAUCAUCGAGGUGCAUGUCAGGUGUUUUACACUAUAAUCCGGAUGAACAAUUCAACAGAGAAUGUGGACAAGACAGUAAAAAUAAUGACUUGAGUGAACACAAGUAUAUGGAACAACAGGAAGAACUCUGUGAAACUCAGUCGAACAGUACCAGUAUCAAUAUCCCACCGCUUUCUGGAAAUACUAGUACCCCUUUCAACAAAUAUCCUAUUAUACCAAGUCAUUUGGAUGAAUCGUUAAAUCGAAAAAGUAUAUCUUGCAUAGUUGGAUCAUCCGCAUCUAUAUUGAAUAUGGACAAGUCUGAAUCUAACCUUGUAAAGUUACAGUACUCAAAAGAUAAAGAGCAACAACAGCGAAAGCCUCAACAAAUUAAUACUAGUCCCGUACUGACUGAUAUUGGCCUCAGUGAUUCCUCGUUUACUCUUCCUCUUCCUAUUGUUAGUUUCGGAGGUCAACACUCUCAGAACAUUCAGCAGCAACCUGCAUGGAGAGGUUCCAAACGUUCAAGAAUUACUGAUAUUAAGGAACGGUUUACUCGGGCAUCAAAGUUCAAAUCUGGGGAUGCAAGUUUGAAAUUUCAAACCUUAUCUUCAAUUGAAACAUCAGGCAUGCCCAACACAAAUACGCUGAUCGAAAAUGAUCAGUCAUCUGCAAUGACUGGAGAAGGACAUAUGUUUUCUACACAGACAAAAAGAUCGGUUCAAUCGGGAGAAAAACUACGACUACCGCCGAAUGAAAAACCGUUUCAACGCUCCGACACAACAAGUAUUGAUUCUGAAGCUAAUAAACUUGAUCCAAUUAUUUUGAACAAUUCUUCUUCCCUUAAUAACGAAACUAAACUUGGUUUGCAGCCCUGUACACCUUCAAUCGCAGUGACUAUUAAAUCAGUGGAUAACAUGGAUGUAAUUUCGACUGAUGAACAGUUAUCUACUAGAGCACUUCCUCGCAGUCUUACCGAUUCAGAUAUAAUAUAUCACAGCUCCGAAAAGGUCGAUGAAGUCCCAGGGGCUGCAUACUACAUUACACCAAACGGACAUUUGGAUUAUUCUGUUCUUUUAAGAUGCCUUUAUUGGUGUAGCACUGUGCAUACAUCAAGUCGUGUUUGUUUUCACUUGGUUAGCUGUUUGAGUGCGUUAUUUGAUUUGGGAAUCUUUGAAGUGAAGCCCAACACCAGCUCGCUAAAAAAUGUUUCUUUUAAAAAGCCCUCUCAACUCAGGCGAUUUCGAAGAAAAAAUCAUUAUGAGAGAAGUAAAUGUUCGAAAGCCUCUAAGACAUCUAUACUCAAUAAACUUGUAGCACGAGAAAGCCACAAUACCUCAAAUUUAAGCAAUCAAAGUGGAUUUGACAGCUCAAUUUUACAUCCCAGCAGCAGAAUGAAACGACAUGAUUCAAGUGUAGGAUUUUCUUCCUCAAACUUAAGUUCCUCCAAAAUGUCUGUUGGAAUUUGCAGCGAGUCUUGUGGAAGUGAAAAUGGGGAUAUUGGGGAUGUCGAUGUAGAAGCAAAGAGACAACUUCCAAAUAGAGUUGAUAAUGAAUCACUUAUUAGUGAGGACGGUCUUAUGGCUUCCUCUAGUACAAAAAAUGUCAGCCCACUUGGGAGUCCUCAAUCAUCUAUAGAUCUCGAAAGAAAUCCUUGUUCAACUCCACGUCGAAUAGUAUCACCUGGAAAUAUUCAAACCAGACUGCAUAAUAACGAAAAACUGGUAACUAAAAGUGAACAUCAACCGAAGCCUCGUGUUGAACAGAGACAAGUAGUUGGCUGUGAUAUCUCCAACCAUUUGGUCCGUACGAAUUUCGCUAUUGCAGCCGAAAUGUUGAUAAGAAUUAUUCGUUCAGUCGGAUGUAGACAUGGGCACAGUAAUUCAUCGAGUUUCACGAAUCAUCACCAGCAACAGCAGUUCUGUCAGCCUCAAAAUAGUUUUGAACAUUUACAAAAUCAAAAAGAUCUGCCAGAAAAACCUUUAGAUCAAAACAUGCACUUUCGAUCACUUACACACGAUUGCCUUAUUUAUUUACAUGAAUUAAAUCCGAAUUUGUUCAAGCGUGUAAUUAUAAGAAUUGUAUCUUCAAGUACUGUUGCCGAUUUAGUUGAAAUACUUCAUUCAUUCACCGGGUUUUGUUUAGAUCCAGUAACACGUAAUUAUGAACGUUCAGAUCAAAACAGGAAAUCUUAUUUAAAUUAUGGAAACAGUUUUGGACAAACUGAUUUCGGUCAAGAUACACGUGGAGCUGAAGGUUUAAUUGUAUCCUAUUUAUUUGGCCCAUUUAUCAGGCGCUUAGUUAGAUGCAGACGUGAAUUAAGCAGUCAAGAGAACGUUUCUCUCUUUUCUGACAUACGACAAUUAUUUAGAUAUAUUCGUGAAAUUCAUGGCAGUACAUUUCGGAAAAACAUGUUAGUUGCUUUAUUGUGUCCAGUACAAAGAGUAUGUGAAGUUUCUACUCCCAAACCUUCAACUAUAAUGCCGAGAAUGUCUGCAAGAAACUCUAUGUGGCUAGUACCUCGUUACGACAAAAGACGUUCGACUUUCAAUGUGUUUACUGAUCCUUUGGCAGAAACAGAAAGCUAUUCAAGCGGUCAUAGGGAAAAUUCAUGGCACCAUUUGUUAAGUAGACCAUCGACUAUCGGAAGAAAUGCGAGAAUACAUAGUAAUGGAAGUUCAUCAACGGUAGCAGCUUCAUUCGAAAAUGAUAAUCUUAGUCGAUCUAAAUCAGAAUGUCCUGCAACCGAUCAGUCAACAGGUCAGACAAUAAGUGAACACCGGUGGGUUAAUUUGUCAGCACUGAAAGAAGGUCUGUUCGAUUUCGCUUUCCUUCUAGAUUGUUGUGAACCUGGUUCAAUACCAGAGCCACAACUAGUUGCAGCUCUAUUUGACUUAGACGCUCCAGUGCUGGCACGGGCCUGUCUACUAUUAGAAUGUGCAUUUUUAGUUCACCGUUGUAAUCGAGGCGAAUGGGCUGGAUGGAUGAAAUUUAAUUUACCCAGUUCAUUUCGGUCAAGCGCCGGAUUCAUGGGUAGUACAACUCAUAAUAAUAGUAACUUGUUGCAAACAAACGCAAAUACCAAUAACGAUAAUCAUCCAAUGGAUAUAUCGGAAAUUAAACGUAUAGCUGGCUAUUUAUUCUACGCUUGGGGUGAGGCAUUGGGUCAUAGGUUGCAGUAUUUCACAUCAUUAAUGUCUUCUUGUAAUUCAUCCAUUAUCACAAAUGUUAGCUCAGCUGGUGAUAAAGUUCAUGGAACUGAGAAAAAUAAAGAUACUAACUCUCGAUCAAAUGCUGAAAUGGAACAAAACUUUUUGGAUGAUGCCUCUGUGAAUCCAACUGGAGAAAGUUGCCCGUAUGCUUUGUUAACUGUCGGAGUCCAAUUGUUGUUUGAAAUUACAACAUAUCUGAGAGAAACACAUCAACGUUUACCACAAGACAAAGCAAACAACGAUGGAAAAUAUGGUCAAUCAGCGCAACUUUCAUCGAGGAACUCAAUGAUUAAACGUUCAUUAACACGCGAAACAAGUGGUGAUAAGAAAACUGAUACUUCUAAACAUACGUAUUCCUCAGGGAACAGUGGAACAUCCUUCAAAGUUGCUAAAAGGCGUCUCAGUAUAUUAAUGCCAAUAUUUGGAAGUACAGGUAACAAUAGUCCUGAAGAUAGUACUCCAAAUGAAUUAGAGAAACAUUCAUGUCCAACUGCAAAACCUGUAAUAACUACCAGUACAGAUAAAUCUAUCACUGGACGUCGAGGCACCUCAUCUAGACGUAUCAGUUUUGCUGUAAUGGACGAUUCUAAGGAUAUAAUUGAUUGUGCAAAUGCAAGUGCAAAUUAUCUGGAUCAAUCAUUAGAAGCAAAUGAAUCACAACAUCGUUUAUCAGUGAGCAAAGGUCUUCGAAAGCAUCGAGGCUCUGGAAGUUUUCGAUAUUUUACUUCUCACGGAGCUGACAUGUCAAAUGUGUUUGAACAACACCCUGGUUUUAUUGGACAGAUGAAUCGAGCUAGUAGUGGUGAUGUCUGUAAUGAAGUUUUCACCGACUUGACUGAUAAUACAGGAACGCCAGUUUCAGUCGAUGAUUCUCAAGAUGUUCAUCAGGAAGAACAUAAUUUGUUGCAUAUGAAUCAGAUCAACAAAAGUCUAAUUCAUUCGAAUCCUUUACGUUCAAAAUCAAGACAAGGGCAUCAUUCUAGAUACGAUGAAAUGACCAAGUCCCAUACAUCUGUUCGACGAUCUGUUUCAGCUGCUCUUUCUGCGAAUAAGUCUUUAAAAUCUAAUACAUCGCAUAAUACGUUGGCUGUUGGAGAUAAUGAGAUCUGUCAUGUUGAAGACUACACAUCUCAUAUGCCAUGGAUUGAUGCUGUCAUAGAAUUUGCAAACUAUACGAGUUUUAAUUGUGAUCAUCAAAAUUCAUGUGCUUCGAAUUGUUUUGAACAUCAGCAACAUCAAUGUCGAAAUUUAUUGAAUGCCAUGAAACAAGUUUAUGAAUCAGAAACUGAAAGUAAAUUUCUUGUAUCAGUUGACCGUCAGUAUUUCUAUAAUUCAAGUAAUGUCGGUAAUACAUCUACCGCUACAACUACAAGCACAACAGUAAAUCGUAGUGUAGGCGUAACUUGUGAUCCAGGUACAACAUCACCAGUAUCGUGUAAUACAAUUCGUCAACAUAAAACAAACGAUUCACGUUCAGAGAACUCAUCUGAUCAAGAUUCUUCACAUCUAGACUCUACCGAAGAUUUAUCUGAUUCCGAUGUUGUACAUCAACAACAAAGUAAUUCUGGACCAAUUAAGAAUAAAAUAAGGACGUUAAAAAGUUUAACAAAUAUCAUUCAAUCCAAUGAUAGUUUAACUGGACUAAAUAAAUCAGCUGCUGAUAAUGAUAUGGAUGAAAAUAAUUUUCUACUACUACAACAAGGAGCAUUAACAGCAGGUAGUGGUAGUGAUUUUUGGAAAACCAGAUCUAAACUAUUCAUUAAAUCUGCUAAGAAAAAAGAGUCAAAUUUGUUAGGACCAUGUUCAAGCCGUGAAAAUGUAAAUCUUCUGACCAAGAUUCGAAUGAAAUCAUUCAACCGUUCAGUAAAUCUAAGUUCGUUCGAGAAUGAUACACCAGGUUUAACAGGAUUAAUUAAUCUAAGUAUGCUAGCUGGAGCAGGUGCGGGGUUAUUGAAGAAUUCUCGUCAAAGUAUCAGUCUGAAUCCACCACUGCUUGGGAUUGAAGCUGAUGGAACAAGUGAGACUUUGCCAGGUUGUGAAGAUGAUGAUGGUGUUAAAGGUCAAAUUAGGAAACCUAUAAGAUUUCGAAAACCUCAUUCUGGAGAAUUACCAAUUCAGUGUUAUUUGGAUACCCGUGUAAAAAAUCUUUGCAGCAGCGGUUUCAAUCUUUUGAAUAAAGCAGCUUUACUACUCACAAAUGAUCAGCUAGCAAAAAUGCUUCUAUUAGCUUGGGAGUUGUUACUAGAAACGGAGACAGAAAUGUCAUCAAGCGCAGCUUGCUUCAUACUUUUCUGUGGUAUACGUUGCCCUCAUAUGGUUCAAGAAAUGAUUCUAGACGAGAUGAGACAUGAGAAACCCACCCAAAGAUAUAAUGCUAUUUUGAGAUUUAGAACUUUAUGGUGUCAUCGUUUUCAUGUUUGGUCACGUCUUGAAGAAAAUGCACCUAGUCAGUUAAGAGUACCCCCAUCUUUUAUUGAAUUCGUUCUGCCUUCACCUACACUCGGUUAUCCUGGAUUCGAGGCACCAGAUCCAGUUUGGCAGAUUCGUAAAGGAACAUCAGCUGAAGAGGUUCAGCUAAAACAAAACGAGGCUACAAAAACAUUUGUAACAGCUUCAACAUCUAGGCGUAAGCAACAACAGGAACUUUUAGCUCGUGCAAUAGCCACAGAAACAAUGCGAAGAAGAGAAGCAAGACAGUCGUUUCACUUGACAACGUGUCCAGUUCUGGAACGUGCAGCCAUCGAACCAGCUUUCAGCAAAGAACACAGAGAUGAAGGAAAUGUUGAUGAUAGCAUCGGAAAUUCUGCUGGAGUUAAUAGUGGAACAGUUGGUGGACAAAUUGGAAUGUCUAAUUCGACACAGGAUGAAUAUACUGCUGCUGUUCGAAGACUCAGUCUUGCACCAAUUAAUCGAACAGUUCUCAAUCAAGCUCGCAACUUAUCAUGGCGUCAGAGUUCAAUACCUUGGUUAAGGAACAGUGUUAUUGCCCAUGAUGAUGAAGACCGUUGGUUAGGCGGAUUUCCGUCUUUAUUCCCAUCACAACCAUUGCAACAAGCUCAGUUGGUCUUUCCGUCAGCUUUAGGCUCUGCAUCGAUUUCACUGAUAAAUCUUUUAGAUGAUACAACAAUAAAUGAACAUGGAAAUGCAGUGAAUACAAUAGCUGAAUUUGUAAUAUUUAAUUGUUUGUUAGAAGAUACACCAUUGUUCUUGCGUUUUAUAUUUGAACGUCUCACACGUAUAAAAAAUAAAGAUGAACUUAUAUUUAUUCUACGUAAAAUGAUUCAACGAUUACCUGAAUUACCAAUGCAAACAGCUCAUGCUCUAUUCAACAAUUUAGUUGGUUAUAUUAUGUUUCAUAUUCGUACACCAAGUUUCAAUGCCCCUCAGUCAAUAGCCAGUGCGUUAUCUGUUCUUCAUUUGGUGGUUCCAUACGUUCAAAACAUCUACUUUAAAGAUUUGAAACAAACAAUGAGAAGAGAACAAAUCGAUUCUACACUUCUAUUAACAGCUAAUCUACCCUGUGCUAAACAGUUCAAUGUGUUUGAUAAUAGCAUUGGUGUGGCUCAACUAGUUCGUUUACAAGACGAAAAUAAGGAUUAUCAGUUUGAAGAUAUUUUGAAAGAUGUAUUAUCAGCCAGUGAUAUACCUGAAGAUGAAAUAAGUUCUUACUACCUUUGUGACGAACGUUCUAAUAUUAUUCGAAACUCUUGUCACUACAUUCGUGAUUUCUAUUCAUUUAAACGUAAUCAUACGCCUAAAUUACGCCUGCGUCAGUAUGAUAAAAACCAUGGUAUGUAUUUACUGCAACAAAAUGCACUCAGUAUGAAAUUUCAAGAAAUUGGUAAGGUAUUCUUUACACUGUCAGUACUUCAAUGUACACCGACAGCACAGAUUCCUAAUCAUGUUUUCUUCUUACACGAAGAAUUAACUAAACUACCCUCAUUUCCGCGUAAGGCCCUGGAAUCAGACUUUAAUCUUUACGAAUGGCCAACAUACGGGCGUCCACUAUUUGCAUUAGAUACAAUACAUAAGUUAUCUUGGUGUCAAUUAAUCUCCAACUUAUUCAUGAUGAUGCCUAAAACUUAUCCAUGGUCAUCGGAUCUACAAAUAUUCUUGAAUGUUUACAAUGGUACACUAAUAUUACAUGCAGAAGAUUCAUCCGUUUUACGACAAUGUUUAGCAUUCUUCAUCCAGUGCUGUUAUCAGUUCAAAACGGUAUUUGCAACCACAGGCUACUCUGGCAUUGUACCAACAUUAAUACGUGUUUAUAAUCAAAACACACAUAAUCCAGUACUUACACAAGCUAUUGAAUUUACAUUUAGACAAUUUUAUGUUAUGCAUAGAACACCAUUUAUAUUACAAUUGCUGGGAAGCAUCGCUAACUAUGUGACAAUUAAUAAUGAAAUAAUUGGUGUAGGUGACGAAUUUUAUCGAAUUCAGCCAGGGACUUUAUACAGAUUAUUACGUGUGAUAAGCCGUCCUUUAGAUGAUAAUCUUCGUAUAUUGGAGUUGUGUAAUAUUCAGAAGCCGUUGGAAGCCUUAGACUUUUGUUAUGACGAUGAAGAAGCUAACUGGUCUAUUUUCGAAGUUGUCAAUCUCUGUGUAGCUGUUAUAGUCUAUGCUCCUGAUUCAUAUAGAUCCAGGCAAAUGUUGGUUAUUCUUCAAGCUUUAAUGCCACUAAUUCUUAAAGAUUUGUCAUACAUCUGUGCAGAAGAAGGGAGUAAUACUGAUCCGAAAAAGUCAGAGUUAACAGCUAUUCAGAAAAUUUCAAUAGCAAUGCGUCAGCUUAUUUCUACAGCGGAAUUCAUGACCAGAAGGAUCGAAGAUAUUCGUCAACUGAAUUACCUUGCUCCAGGUGGGCCGACAGAAUGCCGUAAGGAAUCACCUGGUCUGUUGUUGACUGGAGUAGCCACUAGGCUAGUGAACUAUGAAGCUGCAAAAAGUAACUUUAAGUCAUCGGAUAAAACUAAAUAUAACGAAUUAUCUGACAAAAUGACUAGAAAUGAAUUAUGUAACGAUAUUAAUACUUUGCCUGCAAAUAAAGGUUUCCCUCUUUCAGUCAGUUCAAAUGCAUCACGCGAAAAGGACAUUCAGUCAAAUAAAAUCUUGGGGAAUCCUACAACAGCAACCAGUGGCAAUCACCGUCCGAUAGCUUAUGAACCUAGAGAAGCCGUUCUACAAUUGGCCUGCGAAUUUCUAUCUACCUGUUCUUUGCGUCUCUUGGAAAUAGAAGAGAAACAGCGUAUCUCUGAUCUUCUAGAUGCUAAAUCACACAUGCGACUAGCCGAUAUAGCUCAAUUCAUGCUGAAACAAGUUUCUAACAGUCCAGAUUUCCUGGCUAGUUCAGCCUUACAACGCUAUUUUCUGGAAGUGCUACCAGUUAUCGACUGGAGUCAUGAAUCAUUGAGAUCGUGUAAGGCAUUGGAAUGUCUUUUGAGUCGUCUGAAUAGAACAUUACCAAAGAUGCUCGAAUUUGCUUUUAGAUCCAAGGCAAUUCAUCAUUGGGAUGAAAUUGUGAAACUAAUUCGAUCAGUUUACUUUAUAUUGAAAAAGAAUCGAUCCGUAGCACAUAUGAAAGAAAUGCGCGUUUUGGCUGAAAUUCUGAAGAAAGCUAUCGUUUUUGACGUAUCCGAAUGUUUAUCUAGCUUUCCCAAAUCACGUUUGGAUAUUCAGCCUAAUCACGCGAUUGGUCAUCAUAGUCGACCAAGCUUUGGUGAGGUUUUAUUUGGAAUUACAUCACAAGAAUCAAGCAGUAUAAGUGCUUCUGUAGGAGUUGCGAAACACUGCAACAAAAUGAAACAGAUUCCUGUGUGUGGCGAUGCCGGAUCAUAUUGUUCACCUAGACACAGUAAUCAAGAAAAUUGGCCCCAAACUGUCCUUGAUGACAGUGACAGAUAUGCCUGCCAGUUUACUACCGAAGUGAUUCGUCUCUUAUCCUUAUUCUCACAAAUUUUAGGACCUCAUUGCAGUUUAAAAGAUUUAUGUGAACGAAUUUCACCAGAGUACAAUAUUCGUUUUCCAACAUUACUUGAAGGUGGAUUCCAGACGCUUGUAAUCUAUUUGAACAAUCUAAUAUUACCAUUAUUAUUUCGAGGUUGUGCUGGACGGAAAGACUCACCAACUCUUUCAAGAGACAAUGUUUUCUAUGCACUCGAUGUAUGCAUAACGGCUUUGUUCGCAACAGAUUAUACAUCAAAUGCUGAUGGACAAAGAUCUCUGCGCAAUUUGACCAACAUGAGUAAUUCAACUCAACAACAACAACAACUACUACUACAACAACAAGCAAGUGAUACAAGUCAAUCAGCACUACUAUCUGGUAAAUUAAAGGAUAAGAGUAAUAAAAGUCCAAUUACAGGAUUUGAACUACGUACAAAUCCAAGUAUUUCAUUGAAUAGACAAGCAACUGGCUCCAUUGCACAAGACAAUGCUUCCACUAAUACCACAUCCAAUAAUAAUUCAGCUUCAAUAAAGUUGGUCAAUUUAUCAAAUUUACCAACAGAUUGUGACGGUAAUUCAUAUGCCAGUUUAAUACGUUUACUGAGUCCGUCAUUGGUGAAAAUUCUACCAGAUGAAAAUGGACCAUUUAGUAAUUCAGUACAAAUUACCGUUUCAAAUAAAUGUCAAGGAAAACAAGAUAGUCUUCAGUUAAAAUCACGUCCUUCGGUAAUACCGAAUUUAAAUAAAACAAGUAUAUUAACUCAAAAAAGUCGUCCACAGGUGUAUUAUUCGAAACUUUUAGAUCCAACUUCAAUUAAUAUUGGAUUUCCCAUGGAGAAAAUCAAAAGUUUCAAGGCUGAGUUUGCACACCGGCUUGGAUUUUUAGGACUGAAACUGAUUCUUGUGGCAUACACACGUCAUGCAGCUGUACGAAUGAAGCUCCUAGUAGCUGCAUUGACACAAUUAGCUUUGAAUGGUCAAAAUGGUAUACAGCUGUGGAAAUUUUUCGACUUUCUAGUAACUUAUAGACCACCAUUAUUUGUACACUUAUUGCCAUUUAUACGAUUCAAAAUGGCUCUGCUUCAAUGUGCAAGUCAAGGAGAACAAGCGUAUCAACAAAUCGUUAAUCAAAAAUUAAUUGGAUUACAUUUACCUAUACCACAAACAAUCGCUUCAAUUUUAAGAAGCUUAUCAAAUGAACUGCAAAUUAUCAAUUCUGAUUUAAAAGCGUUUAGUAAACGUAAUUAUAAUGAAGCAACUCCACCUAGAACAUCAAGUUUACAUGAUUCAUUGCGCCGUUUACGUUCAUCGGAUAAUACAAGUUCCGCUUCCGCUCGUAGUAACAAACAUGCAAAGUUAACCAAAGUCGUAUCAAAAAAUACCAAUGAACAUGUGACUAAGUCUUCCAAUAAAAUGUCUUCAAAAGAUCAAGUACAUCAAAAGCCACAGUUACAUGUUUUGGCUUCCGUUACAUCGGAUUCUACAUGUAGUGUAGAUUACCGUGAUGAAAAUAUCAUUGGAAUAUCAAAUUUAGACAGACAUUUGCUUGGGAGAAAAAGCGUCAGUCAGAAAUUUAGACAAACUUCUGGAGUACGAGACCCUCGAAAACGUAUCCAUGCUCAUCAGGGUAGUUUUCUCCUAGUGCGAACUAGUGAUCACAGUCAAAUGGAUCCAAUUUUAACUGCCUCUGCAGAAAGUUUGGUAAGGAAAAGUCAAAAAUCAGGACAUAAAAUAAUCAGAACUCAUGAAGCAAAGCUAACUGGAAAUGUUCAUAUGUACAAAAAUCUUCCUGUUGAUGCUUUAAAACCCAGACUAUCUAAUGAUUUAAAUGAAGAUAAUCAAAGUGAAAAUUCACUAGUCAGUGAAGGGUUGAUAGCGCCAGCUGGACCAGCAGCAGCUGCUGCAAUCGCCUCAUCACUUUAUGGAUCUGGUGCGCCAUAUUUACAUGCACGAGUUCGAGCACGGCAAGAAUUAGCCUCCUUAGUCAAAAUACCAGCACCCAACCUGAAUUCAAGCGAAAAGCUAUCCGAAAUCGACCUCGCAUUUGUAUCAGAAUUAAGAGGUGAUGAUAACGAUAAUAAGUCACCCGUUGACCAGGAAUCGAAGUACCAGUCAAGUCAAAUUAGCGAAGUUACGGGGCAUUUCCUUUUGAAACUCGACGAUUUAGAAGAAAAAUCUCCAGACGAAAACGAUCAAUUACGAGAUAUUACAAAAUCACCUAUAACAACGUCCAUUAUAGUUGAUACAACCAACAUUUCAACUACUAAGACAACAACAACAUCAGAAGCCCUAAAAAUGAUUCAAACGACUAGCGAUAAGAUUAGUCAAAUGACUUCAGGAAAAUCUAAAAUUAAUUAUGUUUAAAUUACAUUUAUAUUUUCGAAACAAGAUACAUUAAAAAUUCGUAAAUUUAAGCAAAGUUCACGAAUGUCACCCUUUUUUCUUAUAUGAGCAGACUAUUAAGAAGUAAACAUCUAGUAUUUUCAUUAGCAUUAUUAGAUUUCUAAACACUAUUACAGUUUUGUCUCUUUUUGGAUUUUCCCACUUAGUGUUUUCAUAAAAACUAAUAUUUAACCAUCGUUGGCAUAUUUGCUUCCUUCUUGUGUGUGAUCAUAAUAGAGAAAAAUACACAAAAUCUUAAUGAUGUUUCUAACUUUGGUUCGAGCUGACCUAUAGCAGUUACUGGAAGUUAAGAUUUUUCAGAUGAUUUCUCGACAAAAUUUAACGUCCACAUUGGUUUGGACACGUAUUUUUGAACACUGUACCUUCUUAAUAAUAAUAAACUCUAACAUUGCCCAUAAUGGCUUAUCAUUCAUUCAAGAUCUUUUAUAUCUUAA